GCGGUGUUCUCUUUCCGUUCCAGGAAAAGCAGGGGCGGCAGCUGUACAGUCCGAGUGGCCCGUAGCUUUGGGUCUCUUCGGCCGCCGCCGCCGACAGCAGCAGCAGCAGCAGUAGCAACACCUGCCCGUCAGCGCGCCGUCAGCGUCAGCGCCGACCACGCCGACGCGUACCCCCUCCCUCCCCUCCCCACCCAACCACCCCCUCCGCUCGGCGAUGGGGCAGUUAGCGCUGGGGCUCGGUGCGGCCGCCCCCUCUCUGCGCCGGACCGAGGCUGGAUAGUCUAGCAGGGGCCCCUCCCCGCCAAGGCCUGCGAGGCCCUCCCCUCGGCCAGGGCAGCGCCAGGCCAGGGGACCUGCACCCAGGGGCCCCGGGGACCCAGUCUGUGAUAAUGUAUUAAAAGAGUCUAUUUUAGUUUUUGAAAGUGUGUGAGCUUGUGUGCGAGUGGUAUUUUAUUACAGUAUUAAUUUUGGGGAAUUGAUUGUGUGAGUGUUGGAGCACGUCGGGUCGUGCGCUCAGUUUGAUUGUUUCCGCGGAUGAAUGUAGAGAGUUCUUUCCGCCAGGGUGCGAAAGAGUUGUUAAUAAGUUGAGCGCUAGGUCCACAAUAGUAGCGCUAGGUGUUAAUAGUUAUUAGUUGUUGGGUAAGGUAACGGGCGCGUCAGAAGCGACAAGCAGCACCCCUCCUUUCCCUCCGACUCAUCCUUCUCAUGUCUCCGUGAGCUCAACCAGCAACGACAAGAUGAUCGAACCGUAUUCCCCGGACGUGCUCUGGCUCAUCAUCGUCGGCUUCAUCGUGGCCUUCGUCUUGGCGUUCGGCAUUGGUGCCAACGACGUGGCCAACUCGUUUGGCACGUCGGUGGGCUCCAAAGUGCUGACGGUGCGGCAGGCUUGCAUCCUGGCGACCAUCUUCGAGAUCGCAGGCUCCGUUCUCAUCGGCUACAAGGUGUCGGACACGCUGCGCAAGGACCUGCUGGACCUGUCCAUGUACGAGGGCGACGAAUACGAACUCCUCCUUGGCUGCCUCGCCUCACUCCUGAGCAGCGCCGUGUGGCUGCUGCUGGCCACCUUCUUCAAGCUGCCCAUCUCCGGAACGCACAGCAUCGUGGGCGCCACAGUUGGAUUCUCCUUGGUGUGUCGAGGCACUCAGGGUCUGCGCUGGUCUACUCUGGGGAUGAUUGUUCUUUCAUGGUUUAUAUCACCGGUUUUGUCUGGCAUAGUUUCUGUGGCCUUUUUCAAAAUGAUAGAAAUAUUCAUACUCCGAGCCCCUCAACCUUUCAAACCUGCUCUGCGUGCCAUGCCGCUUCUCUAUGGCUUUACUGUCCUUGUUAAUGUCUUCUCCAUUGUUCACAAUGGACCCAGGUUGUUUUACUUUGACCGAAUCCCCUUGUGGGGUGCAUUUGUUGCAAGCUUGUCUGUUGGCGUGUUGGUUUCACUAUUGGUGCAAAUUUUCCUUGUACCUUAUCAGAGAAAAGCCAUCUUGGGAAGCCUAGAUCAAUCAACCAAAGACCGAAAUAGGGGAGUAAGCUUCACGUUUGGAGGCUCAACUGAUUCAUCUAGAGAUCCAAGUCCUCGACCAUCACGUAAUGUGUCUGCUGAGAAUCUGCAUAAUUCUGCUCUUCCGAUGAUAAAGGAGGGGAAUGAGCUUUCAUUACCGCAAAAUAAAAAUUCUGCAACUUCAACUUCUAAUACCCAACAGAUGUAUCGGUUUGCAGGUGGCAAUAAAACAGGAAAAGAAAAUGGCUACACACUGGCUGAAACUACUCUUAACAAUGCACGAACUGAGUCCUCGGAGCAGACAGGCGAUCAACAACUGGGUUUGCCAGGAAGUGGUCAGGUUACACCAGCAUAUGGACUUUCACCAAAUAGUAGUGCUGUUCCAUUGAUCAGAGAAAAGGUUCCAGAAUCACUGAAACUUAUGGAGGAAGGUGGUAAUGCUGUGGUUGAGGAAGAACCUAUUGAGGUAGCUAAGACUUUUUCAUUUCUUCAAAUUCUAACAGCUAUAUUUGGAUCUUUUGCACAUGGGGGAAAUGAUGUCAGCAAUGCAAUUGGUCCUCUGAUUGCUAUGUGGUUAAUCUAUCAUGAUGGCUCAGUCCGGCAAGCUUCUGAAACACCAAUAUACAUACUUUUGUACGGAGGUCUUGGAAUAUCCACAGGUUUAUGGUUGUGGGGUAGGCGAGUCAUAAAGACAGUGGGUGAAGAUCUUACAAAGAUAACUGCCACAGAAGGCUUCACUAUUGAGAUAGGUGCUGCAUUCACAGUCCUUCUUGCUUCUAAGAUAGGGAUACCUAUUAGUACGACACAUUGUAAAGUGGGAUCAGUGGUGUUUGUUGGACUUGCCUCUUCUUCUUCAUCUGGAGUUGAUCUGAGGCUGUUUAGGAACAUAAUAUUUGCUUGGCUUAUUACACUUCCAGCAGCAGGUGGAUUGAGUGCCCUCUCAAUGUUUCUAUUCCGAACGUUCUUACUUUAGACUGCAUCGUCAUGACUGUUCUACUUCUGCUCAGUUCUGCUACUGACUUCUGCUCACAAGUUAUUGACAAGUCUGUCGCAGCUUGGUCUUUGCAAUAGUGACUCUCAUUUUAGAGAUUGUGACUCUUUUAGUUUCAGGAUUAUUGUGUAUGAACUUGCUAAUAAGUGUCAAUGUGUAUGUCAAUUUUCUCAAAAACCUUUCAAUUAAUUAGGAGAGAUGGCAGAGAGUUCUCUUCAAUUGACAGUAUUUUUUGUUUUUGGUUUUGAGAAGUUCUAUGAUCACUGAAACUUUCUACUUGAUGUAAUUGCCAAUUAUCUUCUUUAUUUGUACUGAACGUAAGUUUUUAAAGUUACCUUCGUCCAAAAUCAAUUUCUGAUCUGAUGUUAUAUUUUGCAUAUGAUUUAGGAUAGCCUUUGGUUAAUGGUGUUGUUAAGCAAGUAAAGAAUCCUCAUUGAGAUGCAGCCUGUAGCCAUGAGUAAUAGAGACAAUGUGUACAAAAAUUUGUGCUGGAAAUUAGGAUGAGAGACAUGGCGUUUAGUGCAGUUUUGGAAGUAUGAAGUGAGAAAAAACAUUGGAAAAGCAAGAAGAAUAGUUUAUUGUGUAAUAUUUUUCUCUAUGAAGUCCAUGAUUCACUGAAUAUUAGAAAUGCUAUCUAUAUGUAAAUGAGUGACACAUAGCUUCAAAUGGAGACUGAUAAUUGAGGUUAUCUGAGAAUAUUAUUGAUGUGGAAAAUGAACAUGGACUGUAAAACAUGAAAUGAGCACAAAACUGUUUAAAUUGUGGGUUUAAAGAAAAUGUAUUCUUUGAAUUUUUAAGUUUUACAUCUCAUAGCUAUGGCUUAGAACCAUUGAAAAUCUUCUCGGCAGUUUGUGAAAUAGCAAAGUGCUAAUUCUCUCCAAAUAAUUUCCUGGUAUGUUGAAGGAAGUUCUAUGCUGUGUUUAAGAUGGUUAGCUUUCCCUUCUUGCUGUAAUUUGAUCCUUUGUAGUUUCGUGGUUUCAUUUGCCCCUUGUUGAAUAUCUAUUAGAAAGUAAUUCAGAGGUAGGUCACCGUAGCAAAUGUGUAUUUUUUUUAUAUUUUUUUUUUGUUGUGUUCAUAGUAUUUUUUGAUACAAAACAAAAUAAAAUUAGCAGAUUUUGCUGUUGUAAUUGAAGAACAUUUCAUUCUCGAGAGGGGUAGCUUUAGGUUCUGUAGUCCACUGAUAUUGCAAACUAUUUCUGGAUAAAUGUUGCUUAAAAUGGUUAACAGAUUUCUGGCUUGCUUGGAUUACAUUAAUAACUUUGAAACAGAUCUGUGAUUCAAGUAGCUCUCUUAUUUUAUGCUUUUCAAGCUUCCGUGUAAGUCUAUUCCUUUCCAUGUGGACUAGAUUAGAUCAUAUUUUUCUCCUGUUUGAUAUAGAAUUGUCAACUUAUUCCGACUUAUCCAGUCUGGUGAGCCCCUUGUUAACUUGUAUAGGAGAGAGACAAUAUUUCCUGAGAUGGUUUGAUACUGUCCUAACAGUUGUUGAUUUGAUGCCAAAGUAAUGGUUGUAAGUAUCUAAGACAGGCUGCCUUGAAGCCAUUCUGUCAUAUUGUGAUUAUUCUUUCUAUUCCAUGGUGUAACACAAUUCAAGAUGGAAAUGAAAAUGUACUGAGUAGAAACGAAAAUAAAUAAGGUGAUGGUUUAAUAAAA